AUGGCACCCAAAUUGAAGCCCAGAGGUUCCGCUUGGAAUGCCCGAACAAUAACGGCUCCCAUUGCAGCAGUUGUAAUGGCUGGCUUGCUCUACACCUAUUCAAUUACUUCCAUCAGAGCCGCGAAAAGAAACGCAAAGCUUCACCGAGAAGCAGAUGGCGGGCAACUCGACUUGCGCCGUGAGAGCUUGCGCAGGCACGGUGUGAUAGACCAGGUCGAAGGCACCUCUGGCCUACAGCUUCUGAAAGAUGCUAGAAGUGCAGACAAACAAGAGUCCAAAUUCAUGGGAGAUGGAAAAGCUCAACCACUUGGUACGGAGCAAAAAGAGGAGGUGGGCGCCCCUCGGACCAACAACGAAAGCAUCCUCGAAGGCUACCGAGCUCCUGGAGCACUGAAAAAGUCCAAGGAUGGCCUUGCAGAAUAG